UCCGAAAUAAAUAUCACCAGCCGCUACAAUGUCAAUACGAACCAAAGUUCUUGGCAUGGUGGAUGUCAUGAUGCGUGUUCCACCUAUUUUAAUUAUAGAUGAAAUUCUCAAAAUAGAUAUGGGAUUACCCAGUAGUAGUGGUAGUAGUAGCAGCAGUAGUAGUAGUACUAAUGCCGGAGGUGGUGGCGGUGGACCCCUUGAUGGAGGUGGUGGGGUCAUAGAGGCAACAUUAAAUGCCCUUGAUAAUAGUACAGCCGGUGUGGCGGCAUCUGUUGCCGCUACGGUGACAACUGCUGCCACAACAACAGCCGCCACUGCCACUACGACCAACAGUGGUGGUUUUUUAAGUCAAAUAUUUGGUGCCCUAGUCGAUGAUUUUGCAAGUGAUACAUAUAUAACGGACCUGCUUGGAUUAACAUCAGUGAGAUUUCUCAUAUGUCUACUGGGUCUGGUCUGUGCUAUUUGUGUGGUUAUGCUUUGGACAAGGCAUUUGGUAAUGGUGUAUAUGUUUGUGAUAUCACUGGGUCUGACGUUUCUCUCACAUUGGUCAAAUGUAACGGCGCUGGCGAUAAUCGAAAAAUCGCCAUGCAUACUGGAGGAUGUUCUAUCAAUGAAUACAACACGUUUAAUGGAUACGGGUAGUGUUGUUGUAGCCGUGGCACCCCAUGUUGUUGCUCAAUGGUUUAUGGGAAUGCUAUUUGCCUAUAUACAUUUGGGUCCACGCUAUAAACUUGUGCAAAAAUCAAUGCCAUUGAUAUUUGCCAGUCCCAUUAUUUUAGCCACACUACCACUGAAACCAAGAAUAAUAAAAUUUCUACCCCUAUUGGCUGAUACUGUACCAUUGAUGUUAACCAAAAUCACUCUGCUAACUAGUGCCAUGGAUGCCGGUAAGACGGUCUACAAUGGCUAUCAAUAUGCCAUGAAUUUUGUAAGUAAUUUUGGUUUGUCGGCAUUAAUUGAGAACGAAUGGCAGCGGCUAAAUGUGCCAAGUGUUUUAAGAGUUUUCUGGACCAUAAGGAUGACCCAUGAAUUCGUUUCAAUGAUGCUGCGCAAUGAAGUCAACUCGGCCAAUCUCUUACCCACCAUACAAACCCUACUCGUCGAUGGCUGUGGAACAUUAACUGCUGUUCUGGGCAUGACAUCUGUUAUAUCGGUAAUAUGCCACUAUAUAGGCAAAGCUUUCCAAUGGUAUCUCCUGACAUUCGACAAUGAAGAGGAAAAAUCUUUGGGUACUGUAUCGGCGGUUUUGUUCUAUAUAUUGGCGCUACAAACUGGCCUAACAUCAUUGGCACCCGAUAAGCGUUUUGUGCGUCUAUGCCGCAAUUUAAGUCUAUUGAUUACGGCAUUGUUGCACUUUAUCCAUAACAUUGUCUCACCCAUACUGAUGUCGUUGAGUGCUGCACGCAAUCCAUCACGUAAACGUCAUUUCCGUGCCUUAACCGUUUGCGCUUUCCUAGUCAUUGCACCAAUAUGUUUACUCGUUGCCCUAUGGAGACGUCAUUCUCCAUCCACUUGGCUGUUGGCUGUGACCGCAUUUUCUGUGGAGGUUGUUGUGAAGGUUCUUGUUUCCUUGGCUACCUAUACAUUGUUCCUUUUGGAUGCAUGCCGUUCAUCGUUCUGGGAGAAAUUAGAUGACUACUUGUAUUAUGUACGCGCCUUUGGUAAUUCCGUUGAAUUUUGUUUUGGCAUUUUGCUAUUCUUUAAUGGUGCCUGGAUAUUGGUUUUCGAGUCGGGCGGCGCCAUCCGUGCAAUUAUGAUGUGCAUACAUGCUUACUUCAACAUUUGGUGUGAGGCCCGGGCCGGUUGGUCGGUGUUUAUGAAGAGACGUUCGGCUGUACAUAAAAUAUCCACACUACCAGAGGCAACACCCGCCCAGUUGCAGGCUUUCGAUGAUGUUUGUGCUAUAUGUUAUCAGGAAAUGCAUUCGGCGAAAAUCACCCGUUGUCGUCACUAUUUCCAUGGUGUAUGCCUUCGCAAAUGGUUGUAUGUUCAGGAUAGAUGUCCAUUGUGUCAUGAAAUCAUGAUGUACACGGAUAGAACCGAUGAUGCUGACAAUAAUGUGCCACACCAACAGGAUAUGGAUGCUCCGUUAGUUAAUCGCAAUAGAGAGGUGAGUGUGAUAGACAUGUUUUCCAAUCAAGAUAAUGAGGAUGUGGCUAUAGAAAAUGCUCGUAGCCGUUCGACAACAACUGAUGCUGAUAACAAUACAUCAUCAUCUUCAACGUCGACGACAUCAACAUCUGCCAGCCUCUUGGCUAGUGCUAGUGGUGUGGCUAGCGUAAGCUCUGGCCUCGUUAGCAGUAAUUUUAGUACGGGCAGUGGUGGCGGAAGUUCUGCAUCAUCGUCACAGAUGAAUACCACCGCACCGACAACAUCGAGAACAGCAGCUGUUGCUGCCACCGCCACAGCGGCAGCGAGUAAUUCAACGCAUAGUUUUCGGUUUCAACCCGAUUUGGAUGUACAGGAUUAACUAUAAUUAUAAUUUAAUGUAACUAUAAAAUAAAAAAACCCAAAAAACACAAUAAAAAUAAAA